AGCACCGCGCACAAACAAUGUGAUUUUAUUUUUCUUCGAUUUUUCUACCGUUUUUGAUUAUACAAUUUUUAGGAUUAGUAUUCGUGAUAUUAAGUUAGUACUCGCGCGACUAUUUAUUUGGCUUUGGUUUUAGAUGUGUAGUGUAGAAUAAUAUAGACAUAAGCUGCAGUGAUACCUUGUGCAAAUGUUAAGGAAUAAAUCUAUUGCGCAAUAUUUACUCAAAAUAGCCACGGACACGAUGGAAAGAUGAAAUUGGACUUAGCAAUAGUUCUCAUUUACUUACUUUCUCUAGUUUUAACGUAAUCAGUGAAUAUUCUGUGUUAUGAAAAUCGAUCGAUCGGUUUGGUACUCAUGCAUAUUUAGUAAUAAGACGUAUUUAUAAUCCCGGGUCGCAACAUGCUAUUUUAAGAUAAUCAAAACGUUAACUUUUAAGCAACAAAAAGCAAUAUGAAAAUUUGAUAUAAAUUUUCGUACAAAACUGCGGCGAGUUUCCCGGAAAAUCAUCAAGGAUGACGAUGGAACGUGAGCGCGGCGAGCGCGACUACAUCGGGUUCGCGACGCUGCCCGAGCAGGUGCACCGCAAGUCGGUGAAGCGAGGGUUCGACUUCACCCUGAUGGUGGUGGGCGAGUCCGGCCUCGGCAAGUCCACGCUCAUCAACAGCCUCUUCCUCGGAGACCUCUACCGCAACCGGAAGAUCCUAGACGUCCAAGAUAGAGUAGAAAAAACAACGACAAUUGAGAAAAAGACAAUGGAAAUUGAGGAGCGGGGGGUGAAACUGCGCCUGACGAUAGUGGACACGCCAGGGUUCGGAGACGCCAUCAACUGCGAGGAUUCCUGGCGCGUGUGCUCGGCCUAUGUUGAUGAACAGUUCCGGCAGUACUUUACCGACGAGAGUGGCUUAAACAGAAGACACAUGCAGGACAAUAGAGUUCACUGUUGUUUGUACUUCGUGCCGCCAUGGGCUCACAGCCUAAGACAAGUAGACCUGGAGAUGAUGAAGCGGCUGCACCGGAAGGUGAACAUCGUGGUGGUGAUAGCCAAAGCGGACUCGCUCACCGCCGCGGAGGUCAAGCGGCUCAAGGCGCGCAUCCUUAGCGACCUCGAGGACAAUCAGAUACAGGUUUACCAGUUCCCCGAGUGCGACAGCGACGAAGAUGAGGAGUUUAAACAGCAGGACCGGGAGUUGAAGGCAGCAGCGCCUUUUGCUGUGGUGGCCUCCGACACGGUGCUGGAGAUCGGGGGGAAACGAGUGCGAGGUCGCCAGUACCCGUGGGGGAUCGUUGAUGUGGAGAACCCGCGGCACUCAGACUUCACCAAGCUGCGCACGAUGCUGAUCUCGACGCACAUGCAGGACCUCAAGGACGUGACGCAGGACGUGCACUACGAGAACUUCCGCGCGCAGUGCAUCUCGCAAAUAUCGCAGCACGCCAUGCGGGAGCGCGGGAAACUGAAAAGAGAUUCAAUGGGCAACAACAACGAAGUAGUUAUAACGGACACAGAUCGCUUGCUGCUGCAAAAAGAUGAGGAGAUACGACGUAUGCAGGACAUGUUGACACAAAUGCAAGAGAAACUUAAAGCUUCCGACAAGAAACACGACAGUAUUAUAGAUGUAUAGAAUAGACUGCAAUGUGUAGUGUAGUUACGAAACUUCCUUUGUUUGUAAACAAAACUUUAAAAACCUCUUUAGAAAAAUGGAUGAAUUUAGAAUUUUGAUACGUUUAAGUUUAUUGUCAUUAUACCUUCGUAACUUUUUAAAUAUUGUGGAAAAUAUACUGUUCAAAUAACGUAUAUAGACUUCACUUCAUCCGAGUAUCGUUCAUUGAGCAUUGGUCAUUUAGAACCACGUAUUACUAAUAGGUAAGUAUAAAAAUUCUAAAAUCGCCGCUAGAAUACCUCGAUUUGUAAUCGGUUUAUAGGUAAAUUAUAUAACAUCUACAGACUAAGAUUUUGAUCACUUACUACUUAAAUGAUUGUAUUAUUCGCUAUUCUCGUGUGGUACUCUGAUGAUAUGUAAGUUUGGCUAAGUGGUAGGUAUCUAAUUCAAUUAUACACGAAUUGAAUAGGACAAUUUACCUAAUUGCAAUAAAAUGACCUAAGUACCUAUUUAUUUCAUUCGACUAAUAAUAAAUAAUAAUAACACGAAAUUAGUCUUUAAUAAUAACAAGAAAUUGGUCUUUGAUGAAAAUGGGAAUAAUUAUGUAAUCGAGCGAAAAAGUGUUAAUAAAUAGAUAUUGCACCUUUAUUUUUGUUAUUUACUUACGUAUAGUUUAAUAUUUUGAUUUAAACAGUCAAUACCAAAGUGUUUACGACGAUUAUGGAUUUUGUAUCGAUGUUAUUGUAACAGCAGUAAAUUGGUACUUUACAUAUUAAA